CUCCUUGCUCCCUCCAUUUUAGCCAUAUGGUGGCCUGGAACCCUGCCAGCCCUGCGGGUGGGGUUUGGGACAUAACCAAAUGGAAUUUUGCUGCUUUCCUAUGAGGAUGUCUGUGGCUCCUCCCAGCUACUGCUUUGUGGCCUUCCCUCCUCGGGCCAAGGAUGGGCUGGUGGUGUUCGGGAAGAAUUCAGCACGGCCCAGAGAUGAAGUCCAGGAGGUUGUAUAUAUUGCAGCUGCUGACCAUGAACCUGACAGCAAAGUGGAGUGUACCUACAUUGCAAUUGACCAAGUUCCAAGGACACAUGCCAUUGUGAUCAGCAGACCAGCCUGGCUUUGGGGGGCAGAAAUGGGGGCCAAUGAGCAUGGGGUCUGCAUUGCCAAUGAAGCCAUCAAUACCAGAGAGCCAGCCCCUGAGAGUGAAGCCUUACUAGGGAUGGAUCUGGUCAGGCUGGGUCUUGAAAGAGGUGCCACCGCCAAAGAGGCCUUUGAGGUCAUCGUCUCCUUGUUGGAAGAACAUGGGCAAGGUGGAAAUUACUAUGAAGACGGGGACUCGUGCCACACUUUCCAAAGCUCGUAUCUGAUUGUCGAUCGAGAAGAAGCCUGGGUGCUGGAGACCAUAGGGAAAUACUGGGCAGCUGAAAAAAUCACAGAGGGAGUGAGAUGCGUUUGUAACCAGCUUUCCCUCACCACCAAGAUGGAUGCAGAGCAUGCUGAGCUCAGGAACUACGCAGAAGGUCAAGGCUGGUGGACGACAGACCAAGAGUUCAAUUUCUCUGAAGUCUUUUCUCAAGCAGAUGACCACCGAGGCUGCUGUUCAGCCAAAGACAGCCUAGAAAAACAUGAGGCAGAAAGCAUCACUGUGGAAACCAUGAUGAAUAUUUUGCGGGACAAAGCCAGCGGAAUCUGUGUGGAUUCUGACUCCUUCCUCACUACAGCCAGCAUAGUAUGUGUCUUGCCCCAGGGAGGGAGUUCACCAUGCAUCCAUUACUUCACUGGGACCCCAGAUCCUUCCAGGUCCAUAUUUAAGCCUUUCAUCUUUGUGGAUGAUGUAAAGCAUGUCCCUAAAGUCCAGUCUCCCUGUUUUGGGGAGGAGGACCCUGCCAAAAAGGAGCCCCGUUUUCUGGAGAAACCUGACCGCCGGCAUGAGCUCUAUAAAGCCCACGAAUGGGCACGAGCUGUCAUUGAAAACGACCAGGAUCAAGGCCACAAACUCAUGAAGACCAUGUUAGACCUCGAGAAGCAAGGGCUGGAGGCCAUGGAAAGCAUUCUGAGCAGCACAGACCCCCUGGACCCCACCGAAGUGGCUGAUCUUUUCUAUGACUGUGUUGACACGGAGAUUAAGUUCUUUAAGUGAAGUAAGCCAACUCUUUCUCUCCUCUUGAUUAGAAACUCCCUACUUGGCCAAACUCCAAGCAAAACCAACCCAUCUCGUCUUUGAGUAAAAUAGAAGAUGACUAUUUCAGCCCCCUUUUUAAACAACCUGUCUAACUUUAACUCACACUCUGUGCUUUUGGUCUGUCUCAGAAAGGACUUCCCUUGGCCCUCCUGAGAUCUAGCCAGUUGUAGUUCCAUUCUCCCGAUCUUUGGCUUUCUGUGACUACCCAUGGACCGUACGCUGCUGUUAGCUUAGUUCAGUGAUGAUGGGCACGCUUAGCCUUUUCCCAAGAAGACUAGCGCUUGUCCAGCCUUGAGGGAUCGUCUCCACAUUGCUGAAUUUUCAGGAAAACAGAACGAAAGCAAACCCUUUAAAAGAGCCUUUCUCUCCUCCUUAGUAGCGGUUUCAAGCUUAACAAACUGGCCUUUCUGUGUCCAGGCACCUGCUGUUUGGUGUCGAGUCCAAGGAGAAUGGCAGCAGUGUGGCCAUGCUUUCCCAACAAGUGGAAUGCUUGUUCUGGGCCGCUUGACCAACUGGCCAAGAGGAGAACCUCCCUGGCUCAUGCUCUGAUGACUGGACUCACAGCCAGGACUCUUCCAGUCAGUGUCCCCAGGAAGGCUCUUAGAGAGGGGGAAGCUCACCUCCCCCCCCUUUAUCUCAGAGGGAAUUGGACCCAUUCUAGAGAUGCUGAGUCAGUGCUUGGAUCGAUGCUGAAACAUCGGCCCCUCCAGCACCGAUCUCGGCAGGCCAGCUGCCUCUCCACCUGAUGGUGUCGUGUAUAUAAGAUGAUUCAGAACCGAGCUGCUGCUGCUGGCUAGCUUGAGGUCACUGUAAUUAAAUGGCCCCCUGGAAGGACUCCCAAACAUAUAGGAGCUGGGAAUCUGCCAGCACGCAGGCAGAGAGGGGAAAACCAGCAGCCAGUGACCCUGGAGGCUCUGGGGGCAUCUCUGGCAGCCGAUGUUCUCACAUGCCCAGUUUCCCUCAUUUCUCAGUGAAACUCAGAGGAGCUCUCCCAGUGUAUGCAUUAUCUCAGCAGCCACUUAGGGUAAUUAAGUUGAGUCUUUCUGCAUGUGUAGGAUUAAGGGAAAGAAAGCAAUUUGCCAGCAGCACCUGGAAACCAGCUUAAGGGAGACCAGACUGGGCCAGAGAGAAUACAAGGAGGGACCAGAGAGAUCACAGAUUUCUCUGCAAUGCCGGCCAUUGGACUCCAUCUCCUGGAGAGCUGACAUUGAUUUACAAAUCACUUUAAGGCUUCCCAAGUGUGGUACCUGCAUCUUCUGCUGCUAGCUAUAGAUUGUUGUCUUUUCCUCUGUCUGAUUCUUCUUCCUCAUCAUUCCCCCACUUCUCAAUUGCCAUCUCUCCAAGGGCUCUUAGAUUUGGGGGUCCCCCCUCCCCUCCUUUGCCUGCCUGGAAGGAGGUUGAUGCCUCUGUUCUCUAAAGCCUUCAAAGAUUACAAAAUUGCCCCCCCUAAAAGGAUCUGAAUUUUAGGUGGGUAGUGAAAUGCUCAUCAGCUAUAGCAGAUGAAUACAACAAUUACCCAAAUGAACAGGGACAACUAACAGCCUUUCCUCUGUGACCAUCGGGAUGGGAUUCCUUUUCCGCAUUUCCCUUGGUAGGACUCUCCAGAUAGGACAGCUUCUAAGGUUACUUGACCCUGAGUACUGUUGUAGCUCCAGUCUGCUUCCUUCUGUAGAUAUGCUCCUUGCUUUAACCCUAUUAGUUAAAGUCCUGUGGUGGUGGAAAAGCAUGGCUAUUUCGUCAAAUUCUGUAUUUUAUGAUGCUAACUCUAAGUGAGCAAAUGCCCUGCAAGAGCUGUUGAAAUGCAAGAGAAUAAGCGAUGAGGUCUCCAUUUUCAGACUGGGGGACCGCUCCUGUUCAGGUUCCACGACCAGAACAUCUUUUUGUGGUGGCCAUAGGACAUAGGGAGGGCAUAGGUGGUUCAUGGCAUACCUCAUCUCAGUGGUCACUUCUGGAUCUGGCUGAACACUAGAGGUUCUUGAACAUUUUGGCAUCAUGGAUCCCUUUGGCACUCUGGUGAAGCCAAUGAACCCCUUCUCAGAAGAAUAUUUUUAAAUGUAGAAAAUUUAAUACAUAGGAUUACAAAGGAAGCUAGCUAUAUUGAAAUACCAUUAUAAAAUAUUUUUAAAAAUUCAUGGACGCCCCGAGAUCUAUGCAUGGACCCCUGUAGCGGAAGGACUGGGAUGCUGGCCUAUGAGGUAGUUUAAAUAAGCUAAGAGACUCUUGAAAGAAAUUCCAAGAUUUCAUGAUGGGGCUGGGGUCCAAGUUCUUAUUGGCAUCAUUCUGAAGGUGAACCCCAUUGUCCUAGCUUAGGACCCCAUUGCGGAGACUAUCAUGCAACAUUAACUUUGCUUGGGUGGAUCAAAAGAAUUGUGCAUCAGGCUCUGGCAGGUCAUUUGGACCAGACUUCUCCAUACUGGUCCUAUCCAAGCAUCGCUAUGCUGAUUUAAGAACUCAGAGCAAGCCUUUUUUUUAAAAUAAGAUUAGUAAAAAAGAGAAGAAGAACCAUGGGCCUAUUGCACACAUCCUGGAGAUGGACCCUGACCAUUCUCUAUUUCCCCAGUGAUGAUGGGAAAGUGGUUGCUGGAAAGCAAUUUGGGUAGACUAAGUCACUGAUGUUUCCCUCUGAAGGGUUUGGCACAUUUAUCUAACUACUCAUACGAUUCUGUGCCUAAUCUGUUAGGUUUUUUUUUUGCUUUCUGUGUCUAAAAAACCCCCCAAACCCAAACCAAACCCAACAACUCCAAACUAACAAAAUCUCAGUGGGAGCUUUGGGUCUCUUGGGAGGCUUGAGGAGGCGUAGAAACUCCACAAAGGUUUAGAAUAUUGUAGGCAGAGUUUUUGAAAAAUAAAGCCUGAGGUUUGGAAGGCUGACCAAUUCGCCACCAUUGUGCUGUGCUGUGGGAUCCAUCUUUGGAUUCAGAAGACAUGGCCAACAGGGGUAGAGAGGCAGGCCAGAAUCAUCAUCCUUUCCGGCCAAGACAACGUUAAUUUGGUUGUUGUCUAGCUAGAACCUAGUUAGUCACCAGCCAGACCAAUGAAUGAGGAAGACACGAUAUUAUCAAAGCAUACAGAUGUCAAGAGAGACGUCACAGCCCAGUGGAGAGAGCCAGCCUUGGGGUCAGGAAGACCCGGAUUAAAGUCCUGCCUCUUUGGUCCACUUUGGUCACCCAAAUCCACUCUCCCAAGCCGCGGUGGCUUCCUGAAUUAGCUCCUCCAUCGCCAAUGAGCAUCAUUUUAGCCACUCCUGGGUCCCAUUCAGUGUUUCUGAUUCUGUGUCAGUGUGUGCUUUCUCUGACUAAACCCAAACACGAUGUGAAUCUUCGUUUGAGAAUUUCUUGUGGAAACUCACCUGUAGCUGUUGGCAUUGUCUUGUGAUCAACUGAAUGUCUUCACUGGAAAAAUACUCUGUUGAAAACAAUAAAAGAAGGAACAUUCGCUUUCCUGUCAUGGGAGCAGAUCGUGUGGCUGUGACGAUCCUUUUUUUAACGAUGUCUUUGAACAGAAGGAUAGUCUCACCCUGCUCUUGCCUAUGACUUUGUCUUUAAAUGCAUCCUGCAUAAAAUUAAACCUGUACUGAAUCACCCCAAA